UUCACUAUCUCUGUUGUGAACUGGUGGUACAGAGAAUGGUGACGUGUUCUUUAACACACUAAAACGUGAUGAACACAGAGAUGAAUAGGUGUACUGUCAACAACUUUAUUCUGACAGGGAUUCUAGACAGUGCUCCAUUCAGAGAGAGAUUUGGAUGAACAGAGACUCCACAGAACUACAUCAGGUACAAUAGGUCUGUUAUUAUGUCAUGGACAAGAAGGUGCUGGUCCUGUUUCUCUCUGGGCUCUACACUCUCUCCUCAUGCCUUGCUCAUGAGUAUCACUUUGUGAACAUGAAUAAGACCUGGACUGAAGCACAGAGAUACUGCAGAGAGAAGUACACUGACCUGGCCACCAUAGAAAACAUGGAGGAUAUGAAGAGGCUGAUCAACACUGUAGACAGUGGUUAUAAUGGAUCAGCCUGGAUAGGGCUGCAGAAGGGAGAGUGGCAGUGGUCUCUGGCAGACAGAGAUUACAGUCAGGGAUAUGUCAACUGGGAAGAGACCGAACCCAAUAAUGCCGGAGGGAAGGAGGACUGUGUAUUUAUGAGACGCAGUGGUCAAUGGAAUGAUGCCCCGUGUAACUUUCAACAUUUCUUCAUAUGCAAAGGCAUGAAAAAUUCUAAGGAGUCUUUCCAUUUCAUUAAUGAGGCUAAAACGUGGCACGAGGCGCAGAGUUACUGCAGGAAGUACUACACAGACCUGGCCAGUGUGAGGAACCAGACUCAGAACCAUGAGGUAGUGACAGUGGCUGCUGCCAAUGAAGGGUGGAUCGGCCUGUUCAGAGACUCCUGGAAGUGGUCGGCCGGAAGUAACUCCUCAUUCACAUACUGGAUAAAGGAAAAGCCCAACAAUUCCAAAGGAAAUCAGGACUGUGCCUCGACAAGGUUGAAUAACUUGGGAAGAUGGGAGGAUAUGCAGUGUUACAUAAACAGUCCCUUCAUUUGCUACGGUGCUCCAGUGAAGACACAGCAGGUGGUGAGAGUGAAGCUGACCCAAAAGGACCAGAACAUGGACCUGACUAAUCCUGCCAUUCAGGAGGCCAUCUUGCAGCAGUUUGUGUUCCAGAUAAGGAAAGAGCUGAGGGAGAAGGGGAUUUCUGAUGACGUCAAACUGAGAUGGAAGGAGCAGACCUUCCACAAGGAAGAAAAGAAGAAUUAAAGAGGAGAAACUCAACCGAGUAUUAAGCUGGAACUGUAAAUACCAUUACAGUAGAGACUAUGGGGACUUUUCUGACCAACGUCCCACUGACAGCCCGACUAAUCAAAACCCUGAAAACUAACCCUUACCGUGUCCCUAACGUUAACCAACCCCCUAACCCUAACCUUAAGUAACCCCUAACCCUAACCAACCCUCUAACCCUAACCUUAACCAACCCC